GUGGCUGGCUAUAAAGUUGUUCUGAUGACCGCGCGCCCGUCUCAGAAACACUCCACCCUCGAACGAAUCGACCAGCUUUCACGCCAUGAAAUUACAUGUUUUAUUAUUAACGGCACUUCCCAUGUGCCUGGCUGAAUUCACAAUCCAGGGGCCUAGUGACGGACAUCGACGGGCUCAGGGUCUUAAGUUCAGCGAAGAGAAAGGAAUAGAAUACACAGACGCGAGUGAGGGAGGGGGACCAGGAGACUUCACCAUUCAAGGUGCGACUGACGGUAAUAGUAACUUCCAGAUCCAAGGUGCUACGGAUGGGCAUUCGAAUUUCCAGAUUCAAGGGCCUUCAGAUGGUGGAUCGGCCACUUACAAUGUACAAGGACCGAUCGAUCGAUACGGUCAGCCUACAUAUCAGGAAGAUUACGCUAAUCAGGGUAUCAAUGCAAAGGCGCUCCAGUAUAACGAUCCUAGCGGUUAUAGAGUAAACUGGAGGUCGUAUGAUCGUCAAGCACGUCCGCAAGCUCAGGCAGAACCGCAAUAUGUGCAAGCUGCGGAACCAGUUGCACGACCAGCUGCGCCCCGACAUCGAGUGCAACAAGCGCGAGCGCAACCGCAACCUCAAGAGCAACCGGAACCACAGCCAAAUUAUAGGCCUUACUCUAAUGCACCGCCACAGAUCCAGCAACUGCUCCAGUUCCAGCAGCAAAUUCCGUACAUCAAUAUAAUUCCGGAACCAUACAGAUUUGACGAAGAAGCCGCACUGCGGGCUCAAUCUCAACAGGUCCAGGAACAUCUUAAGAAGUUGGCGCAAGAGGCGGCGAGUGCUCCUCUACCUGAUCCUGUAGUCGCGUCUGCACCUCGUCAAAAGUCACGCGGCCACUCCAGGAGCAAACGUCAGGCUCAACAGCAGUACAAUAAAAUAUCUCAGCCGCCGGCAGAACCGCAACCUCAAUACUCGCCCAAUCUGCCAUCUCACUUGCGCGAACUGCUGAGAUAUCAGGCGCAAACCCCGUACAAUAUAAUUGCUAAUCAGAUCGUAUAUCGUCCGGAGAAGCCAUACGUGCCGCACCCCGUAAACCCACAGCAACAGCAGCAGCAGCAGCAACCGUUACAGCAAGCACAGUACCAAGGUCAGGGUGGCGCCUAUGAGAGUCAAGCUAGCACGUAUACACAAGCUAACAUACAGCCGAUACAGGCGGCGUACCAGAACCAACAAUAUCAACAGCUCGGUAAUAAUCAGCAGCCUGGCGUAAGACCUGUCACCGAGAGUCAGUACUGAUCACCUUGGCGAGGUGUUCUUCAGGGCCUUUUGUUUGUUUCAAUUGAAUAGAACAAGUCUUUCAGGACUGGAUUCUAUUAUGUGAUAAAUUACGACCGAGUUUCUUUCAACAUUCAGUUUAUCAAAAAAUAAAUGAG